AUGGAAAAAUGCUCAGGCCCGUUGAGCAGAAUCUAUGCAGGAGUCCGACUAGGCGAGAAAGGCAAGAGAAACACACUUGGGUGCAAGAAGGGAGUCAUCGGAGUGGACCGAGGCGUUCGAGUCCGGACUCGAAGCGGAUCCAAUCAGCAGGCGGUGUCACCAGCAUUGGGCAUCAACGACUCGAUCAUUUGGGGGUGGCAGGGUGAAUCAGAAGACGAGCAGCGGAGCAAGCGUCCUAGAGCAUGCUAUUUCGAGAGUCCAAGAGUCCGAGCUCUCUCUCACACUUCAAACACCGCCGAGGGGAAAGAAAGAGAGAGAUGA